AUGGACCACCCAAGCGUAUGGGCAACGCCCUUUCCCCUCCAUUAUCAUCCUCCCCGAUAUCGUUGUUCCCGUGUUUCUCUGCCCGGUGUCGAUAAUGUUCCACAGCUCAUGAGAUACCCGAUCCCGAAACCCAUCACCCGAUUCGCGCCUUCCGUCAAUCCUUUCAGAUCCGAUCAAUCGAGAACCUUCCGAGCCGCCUUCAGCAGCACCGGCAACGUUUCUUGCGCCGUCGAGAUUAGCAUGGCCGGCGACGCUGAGAAGAAGGAUGAAAAACCUCAUCCGGUGGUUAAUGGUGGCGGCCAAUCAUCUUCGGUCUUGAUUGAUAAAAAAGAAGAAGGGGAUAAGGAGUCAGAAAAGUCAACUCCGAAGAAUAUUCCUCCGCCGCCGGAGAAGCCGUUGCCGGAUGAUUGUUGCGGCAGCGGGUGCGUGCGAUGCGUGUGGGACGUCUAUUACGAUGAGCUGGAGGAAUAUAAUAAGCUAUACAAAAAGUAG